AUGGACCUGUGUGUGACUGUCAAAGGCAUCUCCUUCCUCUUGCAGACAGGUAUGGGCAUCUUGGGGAACACCGUGGUCCUGCUGGCCUACGCGCACAUCAUCCUCACCGAGUCCAAGCUGCUUCCUGUGGACAUGAUCCUGUGCCACCUAGCCUUUGCCAACCUCGUGCUCCUGCUGACUCGCGGCGUCCCCCAGACCAUGACGGUGUUCGGCCUCACUAACCUGCUUAAUGACGCGGGCUGCAAAGUGGUCAUUUACAGCUACCGCAUCAGCCGAGCGUUGUCCGUGUGCCUCACCUGCAUGCUCAGUGUGUUCCAGGCAGUGACCGUCGCCCCAGCUGGGUCAGGCUUGUCAAGACUGAAGCCUGCUCUUCCUUCCCUGGUCCUCCCCACCUUUGCUGGACUCUGGUUACUCAACAUGGCCAUAUGCAUCGCAGCCCCUUUCUUCUCCAUGUCUCCACGCAAUGGCACCGUCCCCGCCUACACGCUCAACCUGGGCUUCUGUCAUGUGGACUUCAGGGACCACUUGUCCUACGUCGUCAACGGGGUCGCUGUCUCCGGGAGGGAUUUUGUCUUUGUGGCCCUGAUGGUGGCCUCCAGCGGGUACAUUCUGCUGCUGCUCCACCGCCACAGCCGGCAGGUGAGAGCAAUCCAUCGCUCCCAAGGCGGUGGGGCCGAGACCCGAGCAGCAAAGACAGUGGUUACCCUGGUGGUCCUGUACGUCUUUUUCUUUGGGAUCGAUAACGUGGUCUGGAUCUACAUGCUGACCGAGGCCAAGGUGUCCCCGGUGGUGGCUGACAUGAGAGUGUUCUUCUCCUCCUGCUAUGCUUUCCUCAGCCCGUACUUCAUCAUCUCUUCAAACAAAAUGGUCAAGGCCAAAGUUCUGUGUGCGGCCAAGCAAGACCGACCAGAUUCAAUGGACACUCAGGAAACAUAUGAUAGAUGA